ACGUUCGUAAAUCUGAACUAUAGAAAAUAACAACAAUGUAAAUACGUAUGUAGGAAUCUUUAGCUCGUUUGCAUUCCUCUCCGUACGCGACGGAGUCGUCCGUUGGCGCCCGAUCAGUUUAGACGUGUCUUCCUUUCAUUUCGCGAAGUAUAUAAUAAGGAUCAAGGAAAAGGAUUCAAAUCGUUUACUUAUAUUAUUAUUUAUAUUGACAUAGAUCCUGUUUAAAAUAUCAAAAUAAAAAUAUCCAAAUCCUUUAAAAAGAAGAAUGUUUGGAUUGAAUAAUUAAUAAAAAAAUAAAACUGUGAUACUUGAUGAGAGUGACUUAGGCAAGAGUUAGUACGAGUGUAAGAGGAAAGCUCAAUUGGUGAUCUUUACUUAUGUCACCUGUAAGAAAUCGCGCGUCAAGUCGAUUAGGGGUGAUUCGUUCGAGAAUGACUUUUAUAUCGAGGAGAGAUUUACGGAAAUCUACCGGCCGUUGAUUUUGCAAUUUUUGAAAAAUAUUUAAAUAAAGCACAGCUGGAAAAAUACACAGACGUGAAAGACGUGAGAGCGUGGAAGAGAUGUCCACAUAUCGAUUCAACGUCUUUGCGACGUUUGUGCUCAUCGUUGCGUCUUUUUUAAUAAAAUUUGGAAAUACACAAUACUCUUACCAAGACAAAAGACAAUCAAUGACAUUGCACAAGUAUUGCGGACAAAAUUUAUCUAAUGCACUAGGAUUACUUUGCGAUGGAGUUUACAAUUCUAUGUUUAAAAAGAGCGGGCAGGAAAUGGAAAUAGCUGAUUAUCCAUUCGGUUUCGAUGAUUCGUAUCCAUUUAGAUCGGCAGUUACAGCAAACGCCAUGAUGGGCCGUUUUGCCGGUAGACGUUUCCGAAGGGAAUCUAGGGGUGUAUAUGACGAAUGCUGUGUAAAACCAUGCUCAAUUCAAGAAUUAGCUACUUAUUGUGGCCGUGUUACACAAUAAUUAUUGAUCGGUAAGAUCGAUUUCUACUCUACGGUUUCUAUUUUCGUCUACUACCAUAAAUGUGAUAAUGCCGAUGAUCGGUAUACAUAAAGUUUCUGCUUUAUAAUUGUUUAUUUCUAUAAUACAAUAAUGUGAUAAACAACGAUUAAUGUAUACGUCUUUACGUAACAUUUAAUAAGAGCUUUAUACACGGCUAAACGCAUCUAAAAAAUAAUACGAGGACCAACAAUCAUUCGUCAACUGCUUACUUAUGAGAGUUCGUCGUACUGAAAUAAUGUAUUUGUCAAUGUUCCAAAAUAUUUGAUUUGAUUUGAUUUGAUUUGAUUGGCAAUUUACAAUUGAACUUUUCAUUGUCAUGACAUUAAUUUUCUUUGUAUUUUUUGUAGAAGUCUGUAGAGUAAUCAAUCAACGCGUAAAAUUAAGAUGAAUGAAUAAAUGAACUAAUCAAUCGCGUAGAUACUUGUGUGCCAUUGAUGAAUUACUUCGUACACUUUAACAAUAGAAAAAUAAAUCUUGAUUUCUCAUCAAUGAAAAGAUUGUGAUUGUUAAUCAUUUAUCGAAUAAAAUAAUAUUGUAUUAUAAACAAAAUAUGUUUUACGAACAUUUGUCAUCGAAUUAAUAUGGGGAACGUUUGAAGUGUGCUUUUUAGCGAAUGAUUUUUUUACCUUAUUGUGGUAAUAUUACCUGUACGGUCACGAAUAUUUAAUGAUAAGUAUCCACUAAGAUUGUGUAAUUGAGAUUGAAAGGUUGAAAUAAUUUGAUUACGAUCGUAAAUUGAACCAACAAAAGAACAAAGUAGGAACAAGCGAGGAUUAUUAUUAGGGCGCGUUCGAUUUUACGAAUAUUGAUCGAUUACGGAUUUCGAUUCUUAAGUUUUUAUUCUUAAGAUGUGGAAUACGAAUUUGUAGAUUCGUGUAGCCGAAUAUUCGGCAUCUCUUAGGACAUAUAAAUUUAUUGGACAAAAUAAUUAAAUAAAUUAAAAAAAAAAA